AUGUUGGAAAGUGAUCUGGAUGACGAUACAUAUGAACUGAGCUAUGAGUAUGAUGACAUUGAUGAAUUUUCGCUUGCUUCUGAUGAUGGGCAAGGCGGCAUCACAAGUGGAACUUCUACUACGUUAGUAAAUGAUGGAGGUUAUGAACCAAGGCGAUUGUCUCCUGGAGCCUGUGUAAUAUCAUGUAAUGAUGUUUGGCCUAGUAUGGGGAUGAAACAUCAAGCGUCUACAUACAAUGCUACGGCUACUUUGGAAUACACUUCAUUGACGACCAGCGAUAUUUCUCAGAUGAUGAUUGAACGAGUCUCACAUUUGGCCCCCAUACUUGGGAUAGCAGAAACGGAUAUCAUAUUACUAUUGCAAGAUUAUAAAUGGAAUGAAGCACAAUUUAUAGAGGCAUACAUGGAGGAUCCCGCAAAAGUUUUCGAAUCUGCCGGACUGCGCUCUCCGUUUGAAGAAGAGAAGGACUCCAGAGCAUAUCUACAUACACAAGCCGACUUCACAUGUCAGAUAUGUUACACAUAUUACGAAGUUUCUGAGACAUUUUCCCUGCCAUGUUGUCAUGAGUACUGUAUUGGCUGCUAUAGACGAUAUGUCACUGAUAAAUUAAACCAUGGAUGUGUAGUUCAGUGCAUGGGUUGUGAUAUAGCUAUGACGAAUGAAGAUAUUGGAAUGAUAGUUGGUAAAAAAGCAAGCGAGUUAUUGCUUCUCUCUUCCAUUAAAAUAUUUAUCCAGAAACAUAAACAUCGCUAUAAGUGGUGCCCGUUUUCUGACUGUGACUACGUUAUCCAUGUUACAGAUCCGCAUUGGUUGGUGGAAUUAGAAUCUUCUAAUUCUUCUCCCUAUGUUACAUGCAAAAAUGGUCACUCUUUCUGUUUUAAUUGUGUCACAGAUAUGCAUGCACCCUGUGACUGUGUAUUGGCCUCAUCAUGGCUUGAAAAGAGCCAGCAGGAAUCAAAGGCGUUAAACUGGAUACUCCAGCAUACUAAAGAAUGUCCGAAGUGUGAGACAAGUAUCAUAAGAGAUGGUGGGUGUAAUCACAUGAAAUGCGGAACAUGUCAUCAUGAGUUCUGCUGGAUCUGUGAGGCUGAUUGGCGUCUACAUACAAAGGACUACUUUGAGUGCAAUGCCUCUCUUCGCGAAAUGAAGCUUGAUAAGUUUGGAAACGGUGACGAAAAGCUGCUGCUUCAGCAAUAUGGGCAAUAUUGUAAACAUUUUAAUAUGCAUGAAGAAUCUGCUAGACUCGACGUGGCGCUCGGUAAAAAGGUGAAAACGAAGCUGCGAACCUUGCAGGAUAAACUAGGGGUCUCUUCAGUAGAAGCUCAAUUUAUCUUUGGUGCAAUCGAAAAAUUGAGGGACGGACGUACUGCAUUAAAGUGGUCUUUCGCAAUGGCAUAUUUUGCAAAUCGUUCUCAUAAUUUAUACACAAUAUUCCGGCAAACGCAAGUGGAACUAUCAAGGGCAGUUGAGGAUCUCUCAGAAUUGCUGCAACUUGAAGAUCCUAAAUUGAUAAUGAAGCGUAAACAGUUAUUUUACAAUAAAGCAGACUACGUUCAAAAUCGGAAGAAUGCUCUGUUUAGAUGCGGUGAAGAACUCCUUGCGAAGAACAUCUGCAAAGACAGCUCCGCUUAA